CCCCAUUCUAUUCGUUAGAAUACAAACCAAAAUAUAUACGUUUUCUCUCGCCUAUUUUCUCUCUCUAUAUCUCGAUCUUUCAACGGGCAACAAGUUAUGGUUCCAAUUGGUUCUUCAAUUAGGGUUUAUUGAUCUCAAUUCACUUCUCUACUGUCACAGGGGUUCGGUUUCGCGGAGGGUUUGGUAUGGGUACGGUGGAGUUGCAAGAAUUUUGCAUUGAGAAUAAGCAGUCAGGAGUUGCAUCAAGCUCUUCGGUUUCGGAAGGAAGUAGUGGCAUUGUGUUGCCUAAGUCGCCCAGGGUUUCUAGCCCGACCGCCACGUCACCGUCUCAUCGGAGAACUGGACCAAUUAGAAGAGCAAAGGGGGGUUGGACCCCAGAGGAGGAUGAGACUCUAAAAAAGGCCGUUGAGCUUUUCAUGGGAAAAUCGUGGAAGAAAAUAGCUGAGUAUUUUCCUGAUAGAUCAGAAGUCCAAUGUCUGCAUCGCUGGCAAAAGGUUCUUAAUCCCGAACUCAUUAAAGGUCCAUGGACUCAUGAGGAGGAUGAAAAAAUUGUUGAGCUGGUGAAAAGAUAUGGGCCCACAAAAUGGUCUCUCAUAGCAAAGUCUCUUCCCGGUCGUAUUGGGAAACAGUGUCGGGAAAGGUGGCAUAAUCAUUUGAAUCCAGAUAUAAAAAGGGAUGCUUGGACCCUGCAAGAAGAGUAUGCCCUCAUGAAUGCACACCGUGUGCAUGGAAAUAAAUGGGCCGAAAUUGCAAAGGCAUUGCCUGGAAGGACGGAUAAUGCAAUAAAAAAUCACUGGAAUAGUUCGUUAAAGAAGAAACUAGAUUUCUAUUUAGCCACCGGAAGCCUUCCUACUGUCUCAAAGAACGAUACUAACGAAGGCGGUGACAUAUGCAAGACACCUUUAACCAGGAAACCGAUUGCUUCCUCAGUUGCGACUGGUCACGGAUCACCCACAACUGCAGACCACCGUAAGGUAGAAGCAGAGACCAUAGAUGAUAUAGAAUGCUCGACCCCUUCGCAAGAUGUAGACGCUUCAUCAAGUUUUCUUCCAAGUGGAUCGACUGAUUCUGAACGUACUGGAACCAAAUCACAGCCGUCGAAGUUCGAUCUUAGUCACCUUAGCCGGAAUCUGAUUCCCAAGUUUGAUAAUUGCAGUCCGUUACGUGACGGAAUUAAUCAAGAGACGGUAAAUGCAACACCGUUACAAUCGAAUAUUCAAGUGUAUGGUUCUUUGUAUUAUGAGCCACCACAGAUCGGGAUUUAUACGCCUUGGAAUUCGCGCGAGUAUAAUUCAAAUUCAUUUAAUAUGUCACCACUGUGUUCCUCAACACCGCCUUACGCUGACAAGUGUGUCGGUUCACAUGCUCAAACGCCCCAAUCGAUCUUAAAGAUUGCUGCUAAGAGUUUUCCGAAUACACCUUCUAUUUUAAGAAAGAGAAAAGAUCAGUCGUCGUUUUCAUUUCACAAGAUUUUGAAGGCAGAAGGUGAUAGUGUUGGCGGCAAAGGGGUCGAAGGUGGUUCUUGUAGUGGUGGUGGUGAUAGUGUUGACGGAAAAGGGGCGGAAGGUGGUUCUUGUGGUGGUGGUGAUAGUGUUGACGGAAAAGGGGCGGAAGGUGGUUCUUGUGGUGGUGGUGGUGGUGAUAGUGUUGGUGGCAAAGGGGCCGAAGGUGGUUCUUGUGGCGGUGGUGAUAGCGUUGUCAGCAAAGGGGCGGAAGGUGGGGUGGCUACUGUUAACACGUAUAAUGCAUCUCCACCUUACAGAUUAAUGUAUAAGAGGAAGUCCGGUUUAAAAUCUGUUGAAAAACAGCUUAAGUUUGGAGUUGAUAAGGAGAUUGUGAAAAGUGAAUCCCGACCUGAAGAUUUGAAUGUUAAAGACAAGUCUGUGACAGAAGCAUCAUGUGACAAUGGAUCAUAAAUGGCUGCUGAUAGUGCAGGAAACUGAUUGCUCUUGGAUUUUUGAAGUCGUCUAUGACGGAUUCCUGCUAUGCUACAAUGGAGUUAUGAACAAAGGAUCAAAGAUCUUUGGAAACGAUUAUUAAAUUAAAUGCUUUGAAAGAGAUAAACAUAUAGAUUUAUUGACUUUUGCUUCUUUCCUUUUUUUUUUUUUUCUGUAUGGACAGAAUGGAAUUUAGGUAGCUUUAGCAGGUUUUGAUGAAUUACAACAUUUUUUCUAUAAUGUGUAACAAAGGUGUAUCAAUAUUUGUAGUUAUGUUGGAACAAUGUUCAUGAUGUUGGUUGAUCUU